AUACUUGAAGCUCUCACAAGAAUUCAAAAAACUUUCCCAUGUCUACAUUACACCACGUUGCUACACUAGAACCCAUCAUCACCUACAUUCUUCUCCUUCGUCUUCUUCUUCAUCUUCUUCGCUCGCCUCUCUCUCUAUCUCAGCAACUCCUCGUUGCACGAGAAAAAAAUGCAAAUUCAUCGACUUCUUUCACUUCUUGUUUCUUCUAUCUUCUUCCACUUCAUCAGCUUCUCCUCGUCGCUAAACCACGAUGGCCUAUCUCUUCUUGCACUCAAAUCCGCGGUCGCUCACGACCCGACACGUGUGAUGACUUCCUGGUCCGAAUCCGACCAAACUCCAUGCCACUGGCCUGGCAUCACCUGCACACGCGGCAGAGUCACCUCCCUAAUUCUCUCCGGAAGAAGACUCUCCGGCUACAUCCCCUCAGAACUCGGACUCCUCGACUCACUCACAAGACUCGAACUCAGCCGCAACAACUUCUCCGAACCCGUCCCCACUCGUCUCUUCAACGCCGUUAACCUCCGUUACAUCGACCUCUCCCACAACUCAAUCACCGGCCCAGUCCCGGCCCAAAUAAAAGCCCUGAAGAAUCUCACUCAUCUCGACGUCUCCUCCAACCGCCUCAACGGCUCGCUCCCCGAGUCGCUCACCCAACUCGGAAGCCUCGUCGGCACUCUCAACCUCUCUUACAACCGAUUCUCCGGCGAAAUUCCGCCGUCGUACGGCCGAUUCCCUGUCUUCGUGAGCUUGGACCUCGGCCAUAACAUUCUCACCGGAAAAAUACCUCAGAUAGGCUCUCUGUUGAACCAAGGACCAACCGCGUUCGCCGGAAACUCUGAUCUCUGUGGCUUUCCGUUACAGAAGAUGUGUAGAGAAGAAGCUUCGAAUCCUAAACUCGUCAGUCCUAAACCGGAAGGCUCGAAAGUCCUCAACAGAAAACCAAACCGGAUUUUCGAAAGUAAGAAUAAACCGGUUACCGGAACCGUAACGGUUUCACUGAUAACCGGAUUCUCCGUCGUGAUCGGAGUGGUUUCUCUCUCCGUAUGGCUGAUUCGAAGAAAACAGAGCUCCGGUGAGUUCAAAUCGGAGAACACGGCGCCGCCGCCGGAGGGGGACGUAGGUAAGCUCGUUGCGAUGGACGAAGGCUUCGAGCUAGAGCUCGAGGAUAUGCUGAGAGCUUCAGCUUACGUCGUGGGGAAGAGCAGAAGCGGGAUCGUGUACAGAGUAGUCGCCGGGAUGGGAUCGGGCACGGUGGCGGCGACUUUUUCAACGUCCACCGUCGUCGCCGUUAGAAGGCUCAGCGACGGGGACGCCACGUGGCGGAGGAAAGAUUUUGAAAAUGAGGUGGAGGCAAUCGGUAGGGUCCACCAUCCGAAUAUCGUACGGCUGAGAGCUUAUUACUAUGCAGAGGACGAGAGGCUUUUGAUCACGGAUUACAUUCGUAAUGGCAGCUUGUACUCUGCUUUACAUGGAGGAUCCUCAAAUACUCUGCCUUCACUAUCUUGGCCUGAAAGGUUACAUAUUGCACAAGGAACUGCUCGUGGGUUGAUGUAUAUACACGAGUACAGCCCUAGAAAAUACGUCCAUGGAAACCUAAAAUCAACAAAAAUCCUGCUCGAUGAUGAGCUGCAGCCUCGCAUCUCAGGCUUUGGUCUAACACGUCUAGUCUCGGGCUACUCAAAACUCACCGGUUCGUUAUCCGCAAAGAGGCAAAGCCUAGACCAAACCUUCUUAACCUCUGCUACAGUGGUGACAAGAAUCUCAUCUCCCUCGGUUGCUUACCUUGCACCAGAGGCUCGAGCUACUUCUGGUUGCAAAUUAUCUCAGAAGUGCGAUGUGUAUUCGUUUGGGGUUGUCUUAAUGGAGUUGUUGACUGGUCGUAAGCCUAAUGCUUCAUCUGAAAACAAUGGUGAAGAGCUUGUGUGUGUUGUGAGGAGUUGGUUUAAAGAAGGGAAGCAUUUGGACGAGAUUUUAGACCAAGAGAUUAUAAACAAAGGUUAUGAAGAGAAGCAAGUUAUUGCAGCCAUUCAUGUCGCCUUGAACUGCACGGAGAAGGAUCCAGAGGUUCGUCCAAAGAUGAGAUCAGUAUCUGAAAGUCUUGGUCGAAUCAAGCUAGACUAAUAGCUGAGAAAUCAAGGAAGUUUUGCGAAUCCGAGUGUAAAAUUUAUGCACCAUCAUGUCUUGCUUCUCGAGAAGCUGUGUUUUCUUUGUUUUGCCAUGUCGUAGGGUUUAGGAUUCUUCAUCGUUGGGUUAUUGUUAUCAAUUAAUAUGGUUUGUUGUUUGUUUAUCAUCUUGAUAACAAUAACAAAGUUUGUAAUAAUAAAACAAU